AUGUUGUACCUGGUAGGGCUCGGCCUGGCCGAUGAAACAGACAUCACAGUCAAAGGCCUGGAGGUCGUGAAGCGCGCAGAACGUGUGUAUCUCGAAGCCUACACGAGCAUUCUCCAUGUUGGCAAAGAAAAACUUGAGUCAUUCUACGGUAGACCCGUCAUUGUUGCAGAUCGUGAGAUGGUUGAAUCGUCUAGCGAUGAAAUCCUCUCCGGCGCAGACAAAUCUGACAUAGCAUUCCUUGUCGUCGGCGACCCAUUUGGUGCUACUACUCAUACUGAUAUCGUCCUCCGAGCCAAAGAGCUUGCGGUUCCAACCAAGUCGAUCCCGAAUGCCUCUAUCUUGAAUGCGGUUGGCGCUACGGGACUGCAACUGUACAAUUUUGGUCAGACAGUAUCCAUGGUGUUCUUUACCGACAACUGGAGACCUGCUAGUUUUUAUGAUCGGCUGCGAGAAAACGCCUCGAUAGGGCUACAUACGCUACUACUACUGGACAUCAAGGUCAAGGAACAAUCAUUAGAAAAUAUGGCAAGAGGAAGAAAAAUAUACGAGCCACCACGGUACAUGACUGUGUCGCAGUGUGCUCAACAGAUGCUAGAGAUCGAAGCCGAGAAGGGCGAAAAGGUGUACGACGAAGACAGCCUUGCUAUUGGUUGCGCUCGUGUUGGUGCAGAUGACCAGAAGUUCGCCUGUGGAACAUUGAAAGAACUGUCUGGUAUUGAACUUGGCCCUCCUCUGCACAGUGUUGUGCUGCUGGGUAAAAGGGCACAUGAACUCGAAAGAGACUACAUCAGAUUGUUCGCCAUCAACGAGCAAACGUUUGAUGCCAGCUGGAAGAAAUACCACGAAAGGCAAUAA